GAAGAAAUUUUUUGGUUUCAUUGAUUUUAGGCAAUGACGUGAUUUUAUUACCAUAAAUACAAAACUAGUUACACCGUUUCAGAAGAGAAAAGGAGUUAGAAAGAAAAGACCCAUCACAUGAGUCAGUUCCAAACGUUCCUGUAAACGAGUCGGCAAAGGGAGCCGGAUCCAUCGCGUUGGCACCUUCGGAACGUGAUCACGUGAUGACGCAGAGGUCACAUGAUGUUGUCUCAUGCUACAACAAAUCGAAAAUAUCCGGAUUUGUCUUUCUUUCCGAGUGCCAAACACACAACCCAACCGAACCGACAGCUGCUGUUCAGCCGAAACGUAAACAGAUAAAGGUGUUGCAUCCGACCGCUCGACGUUACUCGGUUGGUGGUUCAACCGAGUAGCUGCAGAUGGAGGUAGGGGGGAUGGAAGAUGAAGGACCUUCGUCCCAGAAUGAACUUCCAGAUCUCCUGGCAACGCAGCAGCAGCCAGCGGAUCUGCAAAGCUCCAGGCCUGCAGAGAACGUCCGCGUGAAUCAGAAAGCAGUGGACAAACUCACAGAGGGUUUCCUCUCCCACUACCUGCCAGAUCUACAGAACUCUAAACGAGCCCUGCAGGAGCUCACACAAAAUCAGCUGAUACUGUUGGACACACUGGAUCAGGAAGUCACCAAGUUCAGAGAGUGCAACACCUUGCUGGACCUCAACUCGCUGUUUACAGAAGCCAAACUUUACCAGAACAAGCUGGUGAACAUAAGGAAAGAGAUGAUCAUGCUUCACGAAAAGACAACUAAAUUAAAGAAAAGAGCUCUGAAGCUGCAGCAGCAGAAGCAGAAGGAGCUGCUGGAGAAGGAGCAGCAGCGUGAGCGGGAGCUGGAGAGGGAGAGGCAGCUUAUCGCCAAACCGGCCAAAAGAACGUAGAGAUCCCCACGGUGAUAAAGAACCGCUCUGUGGCGCUUGCAUGUCUUACUCUGUUUACUACAUAUCUCCGAUCAAUGACACAAACCUGUAACCAUUUUCCAAAGUGCUGAUUGGAUAAUCGGACAGGCAGCACGUGGUUUCAACACAUUUCAAUGCAGAUCUUGUGACAAGCUUUUGAGGAACUUAGAAAAGCUCCUCUGCAUCUCCUGCUUAGAGUCAGUUUUGCAAUGGAGGGCUUUUUAUUUCCAAAUUUAUCUACACUAUAUACACACUAUAUCUGUACAUAAAUUAAGUUGUUCUCAUGGCAACCUGGUGACAGCGUCGUGACACUUUAAGCUGCGGUUCUCUAGAAGUGCUCUCUUGAGAUUUUUUAUUUUACUUCCCUCGUCAUUUCCAUUUUAAACGUGUUGCAGCCGACUUCCUCCUUGCUCGGCUUUGUUUAUUUCAGUUCCACUUCGUUUAGACUCACUCUGAGUGUUCGGGCAGAUUUAGCUGUGUAUCUGUUUGCAUUAGUUUGUAUGACGUAUCGAUAUAAACACUCAUAUGCCUUGCUUGAAUGGCAUGGUCUCUAAAUUCCCCCCCCCCUUUUUUUUUUUUUUUUUUA